AUGUCGAUAGCACGAACUUCUUCAGUCUGCAGGCACCUACAGUCGAUGCCCUCACCCAUCUGCCGUUUCUACUCUUCUACCACGAAAGAUGCGCCCAACACACGAAACCUGAAGUACCGCCAGGCCCAGCCGGCCGCAAAUAGACCAAUGCAUCCACAAAAACGCGAGCAAGCAAAGAAAGAGAGACCAUACAAAAUAUAUAUACCACAAUCACAAUUCUACACCCACAUCUCACCAUCGGGGCAAUUGCAUACUUCACCAGAAAUAUGGUCGUUCCUCCAGGAGACAGGCAUCGAAUACGAUAAUUCCAAGGCUGAACGCUUGGACUUGGGCUCUGACAGCAAGCAAGUCCAGGCUCUCUUCGGUUGCCAAAUCCAGUACGGACCUUAUUACAUAUUGAAUCCUUACGACCUUCACCACAUAAGACCUGGAGGGACCGCAAUGCUGCCCAUGGUCAUGUCGAAGUACCGACAAAAGUUGGAAGAGGAGCCACUUUGGGUGUUCACGACAUCCCACGGUGAUCAUCCCAUCGUGAAGAGCUUAAUGGUGAAGAGGUUAUCGGGAGCUGUUUGGAGAGCAGCAAAAGACUUGGGGUUUUCCAUGGAUGGUCCAAAAGGAACUGUCAUGAUAAAAGUAUACGACCCAGUGCGUGUCAGUCAAGCUCCAGCUCACAUUCUCGGAGAGGCGGUAGCCAAGGCAGUGCAGAGAAGGUGGCAGCAACACUUGCGCGAAAUCGCCAAGAAGACAGAACCGCGGACAAGUUCGAGGAUAAAGCGGUAG